AUGGCUACGGAUGUAUUAGAUGAAAGUCGUUUUAAAAAUCAAUGUACACUCUAUGAUUCAACGCGUGCUCAAAUAACCAAAGAUUCUCUACACAAACCUACGACAACAUCAACAACAGUAUUAAGUUCAUCAUCAAUGUCGGCAACUAAUCAUAAUCGACGUGUUAAAUAUUCAACGCAAACGCAUUCGCCUUCAUCUCAUUCAUUGUCGCAUUCAAUUCACAAUCGAAAUUCGGGAUCUACUGAUCUAUUCACUUUCAUUCGUUCAUUUGCUAUGAAACCUUUUAAGGCAUCAUCCAUGGCAAAUGCUGUAGCCGGAGGUGAAACAAGCAAUGUUAUAGGUGGUAGUAAUUUACGUAGUAAAUCUUCCGUCAGUCUCCUAAAAUAUCGUCCAUUGAGUGACGUUUUGACUGAUCACACUUCUUAUUCACAAUCUCAUCAUGCAGUUGAAGAAUUUGUCAAACAUAUGGAGUGGCCAGUGAAUUCAACAGCAGAGCAAGGAAGUGCGAAAUUUAAUACAGCUGUGAAAUUUUUGAUUCCAACUAAAUAUAAUGUGUUUCGAGCAAUCGAUUUGUACAACACACAUGAAAAUCUUCGUAAAGCAGAAAAACUUGAUCAGAUUUGGAUAAAAAAUCCUCAUCUUGUAAAUGAAAUUGAAUCAAGCAAAUUUUUUUCAUUGAUGCCAGUGCCAAAUCAACCAUUAACAGUUAUUUUUACAGCAUCAAAUCUUAAUUAUCUAGCAUUCAGUGAUUCACUUUCACAUCAAGAUCAUGAAUUAAUUACAUUACAAGCAUUAAUUUGUCAGCUAGAUGUUGCAACUGAAAGUACUGAAGUUCAACAAAAUGGUUUGAAUUUUAUUUAUGAUAUGCGAAAUUGUUCAGCAUCACAGUUCAAUAUAAAUCUUAGUAAAAAAAUUCUUAAACUUCUUCAAGGCGGUUAUCCAGCAAUGCUAAAAAACAUAUUCGUGAUAUCAGCUCCUAAAUGGUUUAGAGUAAUUUAUAAGGUUACAUUUUACUCAGCUGAUCAAAUGCGUCACUGUUUAACAAAUCAAUAUAGUUACCCAUUAGAUAGUAUACCAAUAUCAUUAGGUGGUAGUUAUGAUCCAAUGCUUACUGGAACUGUUCGUUAUCAAAUGUGUUUAUCAACAACAUCAAAUCCUCAAUCAAUCUGUUAUCCUUACUAUUGUCUUAACUAUCAACCAAUGUCAAUAAAACCUACGAAUGAGAAUUUAUUUACUCAAGAUAAAUCGUCUGUUUCACCAAAAACAAUAACAACACCUUCAUCCUCAUCUUCAUCGGCGUCUCUGUUAAGGUUCGUGUCACCAAAACGUAGGCAUGAAUCGUCCUCAUCACAAAGUCGUAUGCGAAAACGUGAAUCAUCAUCAUCAAGUGGUAAUGAUAAACGCAAGCGCUCAAACGAAAGCCUUAUUCAAGAAGAGUCACCUCCAAUGAAAUCAUCAUUACUGUUACGAAAAGAAAAUUGCACUGAUUCAUCAAAAACAAAUGAAAAUGGUUUUCAGUUAUACAAAAAUCAAAAAGACAAAUAUGAUUCUAAAACAAUAAAUAGUAUGAUUGAAGACGACUAUCGUGAAAUAAACAGUGAUAUUAAACGAACAGCAACAAUAAAUCUUUAUAAAACAUUGAAUGAAACUGACUUCUUAUCUAAACCGCAGGCAGAAAUACGAAAAGAAUUUCGUAAGCUGCCGAAUCCACCAGCAAAAGAUACGCAUGCUGCAAGAUACGAAGAAAAUCUUGAUAAAUCUCGUUAUCGUGAUGUUAUACCAGGUGAAUCAACUCGUGUUAAACUUCAAGAAGACAUUGAUGAUACAAGUGAUUUUAUCAAUGCGAAUUAUGUUAGCGGUUAUAAUAAUGAAGAAAAAGCUUACAUAUUUACUCAAGGCCCAUUACAAUCAACAGUGAAAGAUUUUUGGCGUAUGAUAUGGCAAGAAAAUAUUUCUAUUAUAGUCAUGACAACUAAUAUUCGUGAAGCCGGUACCAUGAAAUGUUAUCCAUAUUGGCCAUUAAGAACGAAACAAUAUCUUAAUAGUGGACCUUAUCAAAUAUUAAAUGAAAAAUCUGAUUCAUAUGAUAGUUUUAAUAUAACAACAUUAUUACUUAGGAAACGGAAUCAUAGUGAAACUCGAACUAUUUUUCAUGCACACUAUCUUAAAUGGCCUGAUCAUGGCGUACCAACUGGAACAAAAGAUGCAUUAUUAUUUUUAGAAAAAGUUGAAUACCAUAAGCAAUUAGCAAUGGUAACAGCUCCCAUUCUUCUUCAUUGUUCAGCCGGUAUUGGACGUACAGGAACAUUUUGUGCAAUUGAUAUCGGUAUAAAACGUUAUUUAAACGAGAAACUUAUUGAUAUGCCAACAACUGUCGUUAAAAUGAGACACGAACGUGCUGGUAGUGUUCAAACGGAAGAUCAAUAUUUAUUUGCUCAUAUAGCUUUGAUGGAUUUUAUUAAACAAGAAAAGAUUAUUCAAGAAAAAGUUCCUAGUUUAGAAUUGACAAAUAGUAAAAUAUCAUUUGAAUUAGAUCAAAUAAUAGAAUUGCCUCCAAUGAAUAUGCCGACAAUAGUUACUGAACAGGAAUCAGUACCGGAUCAAAUUGGAAUAUCUAGUGAUUCUUCGCUACCGACUGUUCAAGAAAUAAUCGUAUCUACAAAUGAAACCAAUCCAGAAACAAUAUCAUUAAUGCCAUCGACUAAUGACGAGGAAAUAGAUAGAAAAGUUUGUUCAUAG